UGUUGUCCAAAAUGGAGGUGAAGACAUCACUUCUCGACAAUAUGAUAGGGGUGGGCGAUAUGGUCCUCAUUGAGCCCCUGUCCGAAGACACCUUCAUUGAGAAUCUAAAGAAGCGAUUCGAUCACAACGAGAUCUAUACAUACAUUGGCAGUGUGGUGAUCUCCAUGAACCCCUACAAGUCCCUGCCCAUCUACACAGCAGAAAAGGUGGAGGAGUAUCGCAACAGGAACUUCUAUGAACUCAGUCCACACAUUUAUGCUCUGGCAGAUGAGGCCUACCGGUCCCUGCGAGAUCAAGAUAAAGACCAGUGCAUUCUCAUCACUGGAGAGAGCGGGGCAGGAAAAACUGAGGCUAGUAAGUUUGUGAUGUCAUAUGUGGCGGCAGUGUGUGGGAAGGGCCAGGAGGUGAACAAAGUGAAGGAGCAGCUGCUUCAGUCCAAUCCCGUGCUUGAGGCUUUUGGGAACGCCAAAACCGUGAGGAAUGACAACUCGUCUCGAUUUGGGAAGUACAUGGAUAUCGAGUUUGACUUCAAAGGAGACCCCCUUGGUGGAGUCAUCAGUAAUUAUCUCUUGGAGAAAUCCCGUGUGGUAAAGCAGCCCAGGGGCGAGAGGAAUUUCCACAUUUUCUACCAGCUGCUUUCUGGAGCAUCAGAUGACACGCUCAAAAAACUGAAGUUGGACCGAGACUUCAGCAAAUACAACUACCUUAGCCUGGAUUCGGCAACAGUCAAUGGACUGGACGAUGCUGCCAGUUUCAGAACAGUUAGAAAUGCCAUGCAAAUUGUGGGCUUCAUGGAGGAUGAGGUUCAGUCAGUACUGGAGCUGGUGGCUGCUGUUCUCAAACUGGGAAACAUCGAGUUCAAACCAGAGUCUCGUUGCAAUGGCUUCGAUGAGAGUCGAAUCAAGGACAAGAACGGGUUACCUCUCAUUACUUCUAGAACACUGCAGAUCCAGUCUGACAUGCCAGUGUGGCCUCUCAGCAAAGGCUGCCAGAAUAAAACUGCCAGUGCCAAUUUCCCUAUCAUGAAUUGCAGAGUGCCAUCUUGGCAGCAAACCAGUGUGAAGCUUGCUGAAGACAACAGUUUUGAACAGUUCAUUAUCAACUACUGCAAUGAGAAGCUCCAGCAAAUCUUCAUCGAGCUUACUCUCCGCGAAGAGCAGGAGGAGUAUAUCCGUGAGUUUUUGAAUGAAGUUACCUUGGAGGGAAAGUGCUUUGGGACAGAGAACUACUUCUCAGGCCUACUAAUUCACCUUUCAACCAUUUUGGUUUACAUUUGUCCAUUGCAUGUGUUCUGCUGUCUGACUGUCUAUCACUCUCUCCUGAAUGUUGUUUAUGUUGUUAUGGCACCCCCGACAGCUGGAUUCCAGUUCAGAGCCUCAGUUGGAACGCUCAUGAAGAACCUGCUGACCAAGAACCCCAACUACAUCAGGUGCAUCAAACCCAAUGACAAGAAAGCAGCCCACAUUUUCACAGACUCACUAGUGUGUCACCAGGCGCGCUAUUUGGGUCUGAUGGAGAAUGUACGCGUAAGAAGGGCUGGUUAUGCUUUCCGCCAGCCCUACGAGCCCUGUCUGGAGCGCUACAAGAUGCUCUGCAAGCAAACUUGGCCCCACUGGAAGGGCCCAGCCAGGGAGGGUGUCGAGGUUCUCCUUAAAAAUCUGCAGGUUCCUGCGGAGGAGUUUGCCUUUGGACGUUCAAAGAUCUUCAUCAGGAACCCAAGAAUGCUCUUCUUCUUGGAAGAGAAGAGGAGGCAGUGCCUAGAGGAUCUGGCAACCCUCAUCCAGAAGAUCUACCGUGGUUGGAAGUGCCGCACUCACUUUCUCCUGUUGAAGAAGAGCCAGGUGGUGGUGGCCGCCUGGUACCGAAGAUUUGCGCAACAAAAGAAGUACCAGAACAUCAGGUCCUCUGCCUUAGUGGUUCAGUCAUUCAUCCGAGGAUGGAAGGCCCGGAAGCUUCUGCGUGAGCUGAAACACAAGAAGCGGUGCGAAGAGGCCGUCACAACUAUUUCUGCCUACUGGCAUGGAACUCAGGCUCGCUGGGAACUGCGGCGUCUUAAGGAGGAGGCACGGAAUAAACACGCCGUGUCUGUCAUUUGGGCAGCUUGGCUUGGAACUAAGGCUCGGAAGGAACUGCGGCGCUUAAAGCAUGAAGCUCGCAGUAAACAGGCCGUGUCUGUCAUUUGGGCCUGCUGGCAAGGAACUAAGGCACGUAGAGAGCUGAAAUGUUUGAAGGAGGAAGCCAGGCGUAAGCACGCCGUCGCUGUCAUUUGGGCCUACUGGUUGGGACUAAAGGUCCGUCGGGACUAUAGGAAGUUCUUCAGAGCUAAUGCUGGCAAGAAGAUCUAUGACUUCACCAUUCAGAGAAUUAUGCAGAAGUACUUCAUGGGCUUGAAGAAAACAAUGCCUUCCAUGUCACCAGUUGACAAGAGCUGGCCAGCUCGCCCCUACGGUUUCCUGGAUGGGAUGCAUCAAGAUCUCAGGAGGAUUUUCCAUCUGUGGAGGUGUAAGAAAUACCGCAGCCAGUUCACAGAAGAGAAGAAGGCUACCUACGAGGAGAAGCUUGCGGCUAGUGAACUCUUCAAAGAUAAGAAGGCCUUGUAUCCUAGCAGUGUGGGUCAGCCUUUCAAAGGAGACUAUGUGGAGAUAACCAAAAACCCAAAGUACCAGAAGCUCAAUAGCUUGGUGGAGGAUAAAGUUUUGCUGGCAGAUGUGGUCAGUAAAAUCAACCGUGCCAAUGGCAAGGGAGCGCCAAGAAUUUUCCUCCUGACCAAGAAGAGCUUUGUUCUGGCUGAUCAGAAGACGGGCCAGGUGAAGGCCAGCGUUCCCCUGCUGGACCUCAGCAGUGUUUCUGUGAGCACACAGAGCGAUGGUUUUUUCGCCCUCAAGCUCAAAGAGGGUUCUACAUCUGCAGCCAAAGGUGACUUCCUGCUGAGCAGUGAUCGACUGAUUGAGAUCAUCACCAAACUUCAUCGCAUUGGUGCUGCUUCAGCUGACAGAAACCAGAUCAAUAUCGAUAUUUCAGAUGAGUUCUUAGUGCAGUUCAAGCAGGACAAAGUGUGUGUUAAAUUCAUCCAGGGUACACCAAAGAACGGCAACGGUGUCGCCUGCAAACGUAAAAACAACCGUCUUCUGGAAGUGUCUGUUCCGUCACCAUAAGGAGCGAUCAGCUCGGCCCACUGAGGGGUGUCAUCUCUGAGAUUCUUCACUCUCCCCCAAUCCCGUAAUGAUUGUGCAAUUAUGUUGAUCCUGUCAUUUCUGAUUCUAAAUAGUCAAAUCAGCAGGUUUUUGGCACCUAAAAAUGUUACUGCUUCCCUGCUUUUAACAGUGGGGUGGAAGUCCAUCAUUAUCUCUUCCCAAAUUGUGGGACUGAACAGAACUUUAAUUGAAAUAACAAUAAUAACCAUUAUGAUUACAGUGACAUGCUUUGAGGCUGGCAAUGGCCGAAGAUUCACUUGGUGAAUCUCACCUCACACUCUGCUCAGCAAUAUCCAUGUCUCUGAACCAUUGUGUUUGCAUGAGCCUCUUGCUGGGAGAAACUUUGUAAAUAGAGAUACUGAAGGGUAUUGUUGGGCUCCUAGAAGGAUGCUGAAAAGCUACAAAAUUUAAGAUUGCACUUUUUCACUGGGGGGGGGGUGGUCAGGAAAGACUGGUUGGUUGGUUUGUUUAUUUUUAUGUUCUAUUGUCAUCUUGUGUUUCUAGUGCAGAACAGUCAUUUAUUGAAAAAAAAAAAAUACUCAUCUGACUUUUGCCAAAUGAUAAGGCAUUUUGCGAUCCAAAACCUUGUGCCAUUUAGCUGUUCCUCCCCAGGAGAAAGACAUUAUCUUGUAUACAUUUAUAGUGCAGACACUUUCUUAUUUAUAAGCCAAAUAAUAAUGAUUAUUUUCAGUUUCGUGAUAAAUGCCAAACAAUAUCAUUUUAAAUCCUGCUUUUUCACAUGUAUUAUGUUUAUAAAUGCUUGCUUAAUACAUUACAUGCAUUAAAUCAGGGUAUUAUCAUGAAAACCACUUCCCCAGAAAUGCGAUGUACUAUACCUGCAUCAUUCAUAUAUAUUCAUGCAGGGCAUCGUUUGAAUUCAUGGGGACCAAAUACCAUUCAUGGCCCUGCAUUUAUGAUGGAAUCUCCAAUGCUCUAAAGAUCUUCUCACAUCUGGAUUGACUUAGACCAGUAGUCAAGACAGCUGGUGAGCGCUUCUUUCAGAAGGCCUCACAGAAGAAAAACUGACACUAACAACCUGAAUGCUGGUACGAUGUUUGCCAAGUCUGCUUCAGUCAGUCAGUCCUUUUACUUAAAGCUGCACGUAUAUGAGCUGUAGAAUUUGUGUGGACCUUGUAUGGAAGGAGGCUAAUAAUAGUAGGUGAUAUUUGUUGUCCUAUGGCUGUAUCUGGGCAAAAUCGAUAUGCUUUUUGUCACUGGAAUGUGGGCUGCAUCCUUUUAUUUUUGGCUCGCUCACAUAUGCUAAUAAUAAAUGCAGUGUUUUUCUUAAGGUCUGACCCACAAGGGUUUUUUUUUUUUUUUUUUUUUUUAAAAGGGUUUUUUUGAAAGAGUGCAAACAGCCAUGCAUUCAUUGGACGCAAGGCAAACAAUACACAAUGCUUAAGUAUAUGUCGUUUACCAAGAUCGUGGAUGAUACUUUUUUCAGUCGUAUUUAAUGGGAUAUUUUCUCGCGUUGUUUUAGUGGACAUUUUGUACUCCUGAACUUCUAGCCCGCCAAAAUAACUUCUCUGCUUCAGUUCCAUGAUGCUUUUUGAUGUGUUUUUUGUAAUUUUACAGUAAAAACAUAACUAGAGUUUAGGGGAGUGGAUUAUCAUCAUCUUCAGUACAGGACAUUUGUGCGAGCUGAAUUACUUCAUUAUCUAGAAUUCCGCAUAGUGUCCGUCUUUCAUGCAGUAAGCUCUUGGUUCUCUUCCUCUUCCAUGUCAGGAGUUUGAAUUGAAAGAGAGGUAAAUAAUUGUAUGCAUUGUUGUGUGCCUAAAUGUAACCUGUUCUGAAAGACAUGAAAACAUGGAAAUGUUUCAUUAAAUACUAAGUGUAAUAAAUGACAAGUAAUCAUUUUUAUUAAAUUAAAGCAAUGAAUAAAUGA